AUCAGCCCGGCUCUGGGCAACAUGGCUCGGAGAGGGGCUGCCUGCGAUAGGACUCUGUCGCAGAUUCACGCCACUUUACAUGUGGCCAAACUAGACCCGUCCGAGUUACAACCAACAGUCCAAUGCCUCUCAUUCAGCGAGAGUUUCAGCUCCGAGGAUUACUGCCUCAUGGAAGUGGACGAAACGCUGUGCAAACACAUCGAAUCUGGGCAGAGCUUGACUAUUCGAGGUGAUGUGGAUGAACAUGCUGUGCUGUGUAGUGAAGAUAAAACGUAUGAUCUGAAGGUUGCUGAUACGUCAAAUAUGUUGCUCAUCAUACCUGACCUCAAAACCCCUGAUCAACUUGGAUCUGAGUCAAGCGCAGACAGUUUGAUACACUGUCAGAUUUAUGGUUUUGCUAAAAGCUACUGGGAAUUGAAAAGAACUCGACCCAAAUUGAAGAAGUUGAAGAAACUUCUAAUGGAAAACCAAUAUGAGGGGCCAUCGAGUGAGAAAGAAAGAAAUUCAACUUAUUCAAAGUAUACAAAGGAAGAUUUAAUGGAAAGGAUUCAGGCCAGUGAACAGGAAAUAAUGCAGCAAUUGCAGCAAAUACAUGCAUGCAGGAUUGAAGGGUAUUGGAGAAUCUUAGAAUUUGAUUAUGAAAUGAAGCUGUUGAGCCAUGUGACCCAGUUGGUUGAUUCCGAGUCGUGGUCUUUCAGUAAGAUUCCUCUCACUAUUUGUCUACAAGAACUGGAACUUCUUGAACCAAGGGAGAUGAUAGAACAUUGCCUUAAUUGUUAUGGCAAAAGAUACACAAAUGAAGCAGGAGAAGUGUUUUAUGCAUUAAAUGAGGAUGAAGUUUGUAAGUCCAUCGCACUGAUGCUGUUAAGGAAUGCUGUAAAAUUCAACCUGUCUGAGUUUGAGGAGGUGUGGCAGCAGAGCGUACCUGAGGGCAUGACAACAAGGCUCGAUCAACUCAAGGGUGUUGCUCUUGUAGAUAGAAAUUCAAGACCACAAGUGAUUUUUCAAUUAAAUGUCGAGGAUCUGCCAGAGAACACACAGGAACGUUUCAGCAGCCUAUUUAGCAUCAGAGCAAAAUGGACUGAGGAAGAUAUUGCUCCAUACAUCCAGAGUUUAUGUGGAGAAAAGCAGACUGUUGGAACUUUACUGACAAAAUAUGCUCGUUCAUCGAUGCAGAAUGGCACGAAAGUGUUUAGCUCCAGAAGACCAAUAUAAUGAUGGAUUUGAAAGCUUGAAAUGCAUUGAAGAAUGUUUGCCCAAAAAAAUGGACAUUGCAUGUUUGCCUCUCAUUCCAUCUCCCAUUUUUGUGGAUUUGAAAUUGUUAUGAAAUUAUUUUUCAGAAUGCAAGUGGUAUAUUUUUGGUUUGUUAAUAAAAAUAAAGGAUAUAUUUUCUGGAAUGACACUGCUGUUAAUUCUGUCAAAGAGUAGGCUGUUACUUUAAACUUUUGUAGUAAAAUGUUAUAUCUAGAUGCAGUAGCUCUACUUUUCCUUUUAAAGUCUCAAUGGAUUUGUAGUCAUGUUAUUUGUGAUGAAAAAAAUCUCAGCCUUUCUUGCACUCUGCAGUCUUGCACAAUCAUGUGCUUCGCUCUGUACAGACUUCAUGUUGAUUGUGAGGUGAAUACAACAUUUGACAUAUGCUGAUCACCAUGUUGAUUGUGAAGUGAAUACAACAUUUGACAUAUGCUGAUCACUUAUGCUGUUGCAUUGUGUUGAAUGGUGAUUUGAGAGAAGCACUGAUUACACCAGACCUUGGACUUACGUAUUAAAAGGAAAAUAUGUAACUGC